GGUAUAUUUAGAGGCCAUGAAAUCACGCCACAUGAACAAUAAUCACGAGAAAUCAAGAAAUGCCAAGUUACCUCCCAGGUUUAAUAAACAGAGUACAGGUAAAACACAAGCUGGACCAGCCACAUCAACCACUGAUAGUGCUAUAGGUAUGACGAUUGGUGUGUGGGAUGCCAGUGCUAUAGCGGAAGUUGCCAAACCUUCUGUCACUCCUUCGCCAGCUGUUCAAACUGAACAUAUUGGAAAACAGUCUGACGAAAAUAAAGCUUCACAGGUUUCACUUCCACCACCUCCGUCUGUGAAUGCCUGGGACAAGCCUCUACAAACUCAAACAUCUGUUCCAUCAGCUACUGCAACUGUAUCCCUUAUUUCUGUAAGUGGCACGCCUGUGAGUGUCCUGCAAGGUGCAAAACCCAAACAAGAGUCUGAUAACAAACCUGACUUUGACCAACAUGAUAGUGGCAUUGACCUCAGCAGUGAUCAGCAUGGCUCCAAUCCGUCCUCACAGAGAAGCUCACCAAGCAAUGAGAUUAAAACUGAAGCGAAAAUUGAAGGCAGUGAUGUGUUAGAUAACUUAAAUGAUAAAAUGAGGGAGAAGAAAUCGCAGAGGAAUAAUGGCAGUCAAGUCAAUGAUAGUAAAGUAGUGGGAGGACAACUAAAAACUCACAAGGCAAUUGUACCUCCUGUUGAGUCAACUAAAGUUUCUGAAGUUGAACUUUUUACCGAAAGUAAAUCACUUGAUGUUAGUAAUGCUGACAGUGUGCCACCAACAAGCUCUGUAAUACCUGGUCCUUCACUUGUGCCAGUCAGUGGGGGUCUUGGUGAUAUUGUAGCCGCUGUAUCAACCACUGAUGUCACUUCCAGUGAUAUGGAUCUUCCAUCAGUAUCUGUGCAGGGAUUGGUGGGGACACAUUCACCAGUCUCUCCUUCAGCAGAUCUCUCUUUAAAGAUUGCUUCAGCAAAACGUGUAUGGGAGUCUCCUCUACAACCAGUGCUUGAACAAACCAGUGUACCAUCAUCUUCACAGAAUUCUGCAGCACAAACAGAACCUACUACAGUUGCAAGUACUUAUAGUGGUUUCAUUGCAGAUACUACAACAACGCCUCCCACAAUUGGCAGUCCAGAUAAUUUUGGCAGUUUUAUGUCAAGAAGUAGUGAUUCCCCAACGGUGAUGUUGCAAGCCAGUCCAAGAUCAUACAGUACAUUUGAAAGCGGCAUCCAAACGUCAGUAGUGGCGACUUCAAAUACAAUUAACAAUGCCCAAUCAUUUGCUCCUUCAGGUCUUAACCCAGUUUCUGUCGGCGGCCCUUAUUCCCCAGGAUUAGCUUUCUCAUCAACAUUGAGACCUGCUUCGGCUGAUCAAGUGCGAAUGAUGGAGAUGGCUUACUCUAUUCAACCAUCAAAUGCCAUUACUGCUGACCUAAGUAGGUCUGCCGGUUCACAGACCUUGUUUGCAAAUAAUACAGGACAGCAGCAGUAUCUAUUUCAAACAGAAAGUUCACAAAGGUCAGCUUCAGCAGUUGGCAUAGUGCAGCAGACUGCUCAGGGUCAGGCAGCUGCAGGGUAUUCCAAUUACUCAUUUGGGUUAUCUCAGCCGAUGUAUGGGCAGUUGGCUACCCCACAACCCCAAGCAGUUACUACACAAGCGCCUGGAAGUCGUACCAUUGGACCACUUCUGUCAAAUUCACUGUUGCAGCAGCAGCAGCAACAACAGCAGCAGCAACAGCCACAACAAAUGCAAAUGGCGCCUCAACAGGUGAUGCAGACACAACCCUAUCAAGCCUAUUCUUACUCACCAGUGUACUCACAAGCACCUCUCUUAUCUACUAGUGUGGCCAUGCCAGUGAAGCCUACUGGGCCGCAGAGCACAUAUUCACUUCCUGCAGUAACUAAACCAUCGUAUGGUAGUGUGUCGUCCACUGGUAUUCAGCCAAGUCAAGUGUUUGCACAGAAUCCUUCAGUUAUUGGAGGACCACCAAUGAUGGUUGCAGCUUCUCCAGUCGUGACGCUCCAAACAAACAUCCAACAGCAGCAGCAGCAGCAGCAGCAGCAACAACAACAACAACAACAACAACAACAGCAGCAGGCUCAGCAGCAGCAGCAGGCGGCUCAGCAUCAUCAACAGCAGGCGGCUCAGCAUCAUCAACAGCAGCAGGCUCAACAUCAUCAUCAACAACAGCAGCCUCAACAACAGACAAUGUUUACACCACCUCCACAGCAUGGCUCAACCCAAUUCUUCAACAGUACACAAGUUGCUUCAGCCCAAGUACAACAGAGUAACAUGCAAAUUCCGCCAUCUGGUUCCCCAGUACAGUACUCUGUGCAAAGUUAUAGCAGUUCCCAACCACCACAUGUAAAUAUUCCAUUGUCUGCACAGGCUGGUCAAGUUCAGCAACAGGUGAAACCGUAUCCUUCAGCUUCAGCUUCCAGUCAAAGCAUUGUUGGUGCUAGCAAUGUCUCGUCUCAACCUGCCAGUAAGAUGUCUCCGAGAGCUUCUGAUAUGAAUCAACAUGUAGAUGCCAAGCCAUUUAGUCCCGGAAGAAGUGCCACACCACCAUCUAACAAGAGCUUCUCACCAUCCAAUAGCCCAACAUACAAGCAGCAGAGUCCCAGUGCAAGUCACACUCAAAAGCAAAGCUUCUCACCCAAACAAGGUCAAAUCCAAAGCCAGUCAUUGAGCAUUGGUGGAUAUCAAGUGCAACCAGUGUUUACGCAAGCACCAAGCAUGCCUCAACACAAAUAUGGCAAUCCAGCAUUUGUGAAUGCAAGUGUACCUCCUCAGAUGACAGUGGCCAGACAUCCUUCUAUGAUAAGGCCUCAGACGGCACUCUUUCAUCAUCCAGGUGGUGGAAUUGUACAGAUGCAGUCUGCACCAGCUGGUGCAUUGAGAUACCCUGCACCAAUCCAGAGACCGAACAUGCAGCAGUUCCAACCAGUUGUGCCACCUACACGACAGCCUCAGCCUCGUCCCCAACCGCCACCUCCGCAGCAGCAACAACAGCAGCAGCAGCAACCUCGACCUCAGGUUGGGCCAAGUCCUGCUUUCCAAAACAAGCUGAAAGGACAUUCAAAUAAGCUCACUGCUCCGCCUGGUCCUCCUCAGCAGCCCCAUGUUGUAAAAGCACAACAGGCCAAGGAACGCAUGAAUGCACUUGCCUCGGCCAAAGCAUUUUUUACCCAGCAGCUUGGACAGGCUCCCUCUGCUAAAAGUGAUGAGAAAAAAGAUGAAAAGCCUGCAGAAGAAAAAGAAGUUAAAACAGAAGACAAUACUAACAAUGAAGCACCACCAGCCCCAUCAUCUGAACCAGAAAACAUUGAAGAAACCAAGGAUAGUCAACAGACACCCACAUCUUGAAAUGAUUGAACUCUAUUCUAGGACACUAAAAUGUGGAGAGAGAUAUUUAUAUGGGUGUCAUUAAUGACAAAUUUAAUUAAAUAAGUAAAUAGAUAGAAUGAAAUGAUUUAUUUAUAGCUUUAUUGAACCCUCCCUGUAUUGUAAAACACAUUGAGGACAAGUGUGGGGGAAAUUGUAGCUGGCAUUGUUUUAUUUUGAAAAUACUAAGUAUUAUGUGUGUGUUGGUGAUUUUAUCAAUGAAAACAGGCUUAUACAUGAAAGUAUAAUCUGAUACAUGCUACAUUGUCCCGUUGGCGGUAUCAGAUGUUUUUUUCCUUUCUUUUUAAAAAAAACAAUGUAUAUUAAUUCAGUGUAGUAAUGAAAUGUCUCUCAAAAUAGUUUGGUGGACAUACUGCGACAUUAGUCCAUCAAACUACUGAAGAAGAUGAUUGUGGAGUCUUCUGUAAAGUUUCAUGAGGGGACUGAAUUUCCAGAUGCACAAUUUUAGUGGUUACAAGCAAUUGCUGUUCUGCCCCAGCAGUUAGUUGCUUUAUGGCCAUUAUAGAUAUGUAAGAUGUAGUAAUUUUGGAUGCAAGGUGAAUGUUUUUUUUUUUUGGUUACAUUGGAAGAUAAAGACCGCUUUUGUGGUUUAAGCAAAUUACAGAAUUGAAGCAAGGUUGUCUGUUUUACUUAAAAUAAUGGUAUGUGGAUUUAUAAUCAUUUACUUGUGGCUAUUGUGAUUUCCUUUUUUUUUUGAAAAGAGGUUCCAUUGUAGAUUGGGGAACAGUGGCUAACUUUCCCAUAGUGCUCUUUCUUUGUACUGAAAUAACCUGUAUAUUACGGUACACACAAUUUCUGUGGGAAUUGUUUAAACCAAUAUAAUUAAAUUGUAUCUAAAAAUGGUGGGUCUAUUUUGAUCAUUGUUUAAAACUCUACCUUGUUUGUGUGGAUUACUAAGCAGGGCUGAUCAGAAAAAUCUGAAAAACUUAAAAAGCAAUGUGUUUUUGUAUAAUAAAUUUUGCCUUUUUGCAAAGUGAUUCAUUGCUUUAAGGUCUGAAAUAUUAAUGCAACCUUAGAAUCGCCUUUUUAGACUUCUCAGAUUUCAGUUUCAGCCCACCACAUGAUCAUGUUUUUUUUCCCAGUGUGUAUAUGUUUUGCUGCCAUUUCAGUACUUGUGCUUAAAAUCAGCAAAGAUUAGUUGUUACUUUUGGAACUUCUACUGUACUUUUUAUGGUACAGUAUAUUAAAUAUUUUCCAGGUUGUCAAUAUUACAAUAAAGACUGCUUACAAGAAUAUGCUGGAAUGAAA